AUGGGAAACACGAUCGGUAAAGAGAAGGGAGAAGAAACUGUGGACGGAGGGCAAUUAGUCCCGAACGGUGUAUACAAAGUACCUCAAGACUGGGACUAUAGGAGUGUCCGCAAAUUCAUCAUAGAACGCAAGCUGGCUCCCUUUUAUAAAGGGCUAUCAGACUAUGACGAAAGUUGGGACGAAGUUACACUAACAACUCAUAAUCAUCCAAAAGCCAGUGAGGGUAAGAAAUGUGCCACAUUUAGUGGGGAAUGUCAAUCACAAGGAAGUAGAGAAAUAAAACGAGCAUCAACAUUAAAUGUAACAGGAACAACUAAAGGCAAAGAAGCGUCCACUGUAAAAACAUUAGAGUCUCAAUUAUAUAAGGGUGCUGUUGAAUGUCCAAUCUGCUUUUUGCGACCAGAAAGUGGUUCUUUAGGAGCAAACAAUUCUUCUGCCGUAUGCCCUUAUUGUGUAGAGCCUAACUUUGGUGUCUACUAUAAACCUCCAUCUUUUAGCUCUGGGAUUGGCAGUGAGAACAUGCCUGUUGCGAUUCCAAAUCCGAAUAUUCCUCCAUCUACAUCACUAUCAUCUUCGCCAAAUGUGCCAGACGGCAAAGCACGGCGAAGGAGCAUCUAUAAAGACUCUGAUGUUGUUACUACUGAUCAAAUACGACCAGAUUGGGCAUCCCGUGUACUUCAACAACCACUACGUCAACCGCCUGGUGCGAGACGACCAACUCCUGCGACAUCUUCGGGUUCACGGCGCGUUGUAGUUCGCCCACCACAGGGUGGAAACAAUCCUAAUCCUUCAACUACUCCGCCUAGACGUCCUAAUCUCCCCCCAGCAGCAGCAGCCGAGUAUGGAGGAUAUUUGGCAGCUAUGAGAAUGGGUACCGACCUGGAAGAACUCAUGGUUAUGGAAGCAAUUCGAUUAAAUGAAAAUACUAAUACCGCUUCUUCUGAAAGUUCAACGACAGAUACAGCGACUACAAACUUAUUUAGUAACGAUGGGAGAGACGAAGACUUAUCUGAUGAAAAUCAAAGGAAUGAUAAUGACUUUCCAAGGUUAACGCAAGAUGCUAUUGAAGAUGAGCAUGAAGAUGAAAAUUCACUAAUUUCUCAUUCCCAUGAUCAUACUCCAAUUACUGGAGUACCUCAGCCAUAA